UCCGGAGGAAGGUUGUGUUCCUUUCAUCUGCAGACAUGUGUGCUUAUCCUGAUCCUGAUAAAUCUUACCCCGCUCCUGCUCAAACUUACCCUGCCCCUGCUCAACCUUACCCUGCCGCUUCUCAAGGUUAUUACCAAGGACCUCCAAUAAUGGCACCUCCACCCCCAGUGUAUGCAGCUCCACCCCCUGCGGCUCAACUGGGCUGCUUUGCAGGAUGAGUGUUGCUGAUGCGACCCUACCAUCAUCUGUGAAUGCUUGCUAUAUAGUGUUGUGUGUUUUCAGUGCAAUAAUCUCAUCCCUGUUUCAGAUAUGUGAUGAUGUCUCAUGCAUGAUGAAAAGCUUGAGAGACAGUUCCUUGAUAUUGGUGUUGAGGAAUUGAAGAACAAGUUUGGAUUUAUGGAGUUUUUUCCUUUUUUCUUAGAAAUAAAUUUUAUUGAUAAUU